GUGAGAUGGCUGGCUUGGAAGGUUUUGAGUUCUUAGAGAUCGUAAUUGAGAAAUCUUGCAGUAGGCAGAGGCUGCCUGACAAGUUUGCGAAGAUGCUCGCCGGCCGUGAGCCCCACAAAGUGAAGCUGCGGGAGGCCGGCAGCGGGCUUCGCAGGCUGUGGGACGUGUUGGUGGUGUUCGAUGGUGAAGGCCACAUGUACCUAGGGCCCGGCUGGGAGCAGUUCGCCCGCGCCCAUGAGCUACAGCUCGGGCACUUCCUUGUCUUCCGCUACGACGGCGACGCCAUGUUCACCGUGAAGAUGUUCGACAACACCAUGUGCCGCAUGUACUACCAGCACGACGACGAUGCCAGGAGCAGCAGCGGGGAUGACGAGGAGCAGAGCGGGGAUGAUGAGGAGCCGCCUAUUCUGGCUAACGAGGACCCUGCUAUGGUGGUGGCGGAUGACGACCUUGCUAUGGUGGUGGCUGAUGACGACCUCGCGAUUGUGGUGCCUAAUGAUGACCUUGCAAUUGUGGUGCCUGACAAUGACCUCGUGAUGGUAGUGGCGCCUGCAAUCCCACAGCUUGGCGACAGGACCAUGCCAAUUGUGAUAGAGGAGUACAUCCGCGUUGGGAUUCGCCACUCUGAGCGCAUCAGGUUGAUGAAGGAGAAAAAGGAGGAGUGAAGAUGUUAAGAAAUGAAGUGGCAAUGUUAAGCAUGUUAGGUUUAAGCUUGUUAG